GAUCCGCUCAGGAAGGCGCACGGCGCGUCGAGCCGGGCGCUUCUCGGCAGGGACGCGCUCCAGGACGGCUCCAUCGACGCGCCCCCCCACGGCGACCGCGGCGCGGCGUCCACCGCGCUGCGGCUGCGGGCGCUGCGCGCGACGCUCAAGGACACGCGCGCCGCCCUGGACUCCAUCGUGUCCGUGCAGUCGCCAGGCACGCAGGGGCGCUCAGGCCGCGUGCAGCGCUCCGCGAG